AUGGAAGUCGCUGCAGUAUCAUGUGGAAUUCCCCAGUGGAUUGAUAUGAAUGGAGUACGAACUCGAACUUCGAUCAUCCACACUAUUUCAGACUGCAUUACCCUUGAAAGCGGAGGUGGUAUCAAUGGAAAUAAUACCGCGGUGCACGAUGCUCCAGUCUAUGCGUUCUUCACACAUCACUACGAGUAUUGGAGACAGAAACUUGGUGUGACCAAAGAGAUCUGGAAUUGGGGCCAUUGGGGGGAGAACAUUACGUUCAGAACCGAUCAAUACAUGGACGAAUACAAUUUCAACUUGGGCGAUGUAUGGAAAGUCGGCACCGAAGUCCUGCUUCAAGUUUGUGGUGCUCGUGUUCCGUGCUUUAAGCUGGCGUGGAGAUGUGGUCAAAAUGAUAAAUGGUUGAAAGAGUUGGCGGACACGGGCUUCUCUGGAGUAUAUCUGCGAAUAAUAAAAGGAGGGAGCAUUCAUCCGGGUGACCGAGCAGAGCUCAUCCGAAAAUUUAACAACACUGCAACCAUUGCUCAAAUCAGUCAGCUGGCUUUUGAUACUAGCCUCGAGACAAAGGAUACCCUGAACUUGCUUGUCAAAGAACCAGAUCUCUUGCCUAUGAAUAGGGGCGGUUUCUUACGCAGGCUUUCUAAGAUCCAUGACGACGAGCUCGUUGGCAAGAAUCACUGGACAGGUUGGAGAACAUUCAGGGUUGCGAAAAUUGUGCAACACUGCGAUGAUAUCAAAUCUUUCUAUCUCCGGCCUCUAGACAAGAAACCCUUGGGAGCUUAUCUACCGGGACAGUUUCUGACAGUUCGCUUACCGAACGGACUGCUAAGAAACUGGUCAGUAUCCGAUUGGCCGGACCACGACGACCCAGACCAUUAUCGUUUGUCCAUCAAAAAUGUUGGUGAGGCGUCAAGGUGGAUGCACACAAGAUGUACACUGCAAACAAACCUUUUCGUUCGAGUACCUGCUGGCAGCUUCAUUUUGGAUUGGUCCCCAAUGCUUCCCCUUCGACAAGUUUACCUUUCCGCAGGAAUUGGAAUUACGCCAAUCGUCUCCAUGUUAAAAGCCCACCUAAAGCAUUACACUAUGCGCAGAGCGCCUGCUAUCUGGGUGCAUGUGGCACGGGAUGAGUGCAGUUUUCCUUGGGAGUUCCUCGAAGAAGUACUCGAAUCAUAUGAUGAAGAGUUGCGGAAGAAGCAUAUUCUAGAUAUCUUUCUCGUCUACACCAAACCGCCAGGAUCAAAAGUUGAUCAAGUAACUGAAAUUCCCUUCAAGCAUGGGUCGGAAAGUCCGGAACGGCAAGCAGUGAAUGGAGAUGCAAUAAUGAAAAUGCUCCCGGCAAGUGACAUUUCUGCACCAGUUGAUAAAGCCGAAGCCAGGGCUAGCAUCGCUCCAUUUGAUCCAAUACCAAAUGGUAGCGACCUAACGGGAACUCCAAUAUCAAGCACUGCAUCAUCGACAGAAGGCGGCUCGGAGGAGAGUCCUGCGACUUCAUCGAGCGAUGACUCCUCAACCUCCAAGCAUAAUGAUUUCAAUAAAACAGGGUUUCAGGCUAAGGCAAUUCCACCAAAUGAAUAUCUAAGAACUAUUAACGGUCACCGGAUUGAUCGGGACUUUCUCUCCAACAUCCUCUCCUCACCCUACUAUUUUGACCCUUUACAAAUUACCCCGAUAGAAGUACCUGGGCCUUCGACUUCAACUGUUUACAUCUGUGGACCUUCUUCCUUCGAACAGGACAUGAAGACCCACCUCCUAGACAUUGGUGUUCCUGAUUCACUUCUACGCUCGGAGUCCUUCUCGGCAUCCGGAAACGUCGAAAAUACCAUAUCGAGCAUCAAAAAAUCAAGCGUCACAUUCAAGCGGUCUGGUAUCACCGCAGAUUGGAGUACCCCCGAGACAGAUGGUCGAUCCACUAAGCCCUUGACGCUCUUAGAAUUUGCAGAAAGCUUAGGUUUAGAGCCAGACUUUGGUUGCAGGGCAGGCCAGUGUGGUUCCUGCAGAGUUACCCUGGCGAAUGGGACAGUAACUGGCGGGCUACAGCCAGAUGGGAGCGUGCUAAUGUGCCAAGCAAGACCAGCCAGUGAGCUUUUAGCAUUGGAGUUAUAG